AGGAAGGAAAAGCCAACUUUUCUACGUUCGGCAAAGUCUUUUCUUUCUCACGUCUUUAGUGCUCGUUCUCGGGCCAAAGUCUCCUCGUGUUUGUUCGCCUCGUAAAGUUGUUCCGCGACCGUGUCAAUUUCGUUCGUUCGAAAAUAUUGAUUUUUCUCGUUUUUUUUUUUUUUUUUUUAAACGCAAAUUCAUUUUUCCCCACCAAUUUUUGUCCCGAUUCUAUAACUCGCAACUUUUUCAACUGCCCGACACAGUGAAUGUGAUCUCCGAGCUUUUGUCAAUGUGAUUGAACAAAAUUGAUCCUCUUUUGCGUUUUCACUCGCGAUUCCAUCGAGUUUCUUCUUUUUGGUUUUUUUAAAUAUUUUUAUACGAAUGUUGAGAUAAAAAGAAAGUGAAGCAAUGACGGAAAGACGAAGAGCACCGAGGCGAAAACAAAUUGAACAAGAAAUGCCUCGGGAAAGUGUUUUAGUCGAGAGACUGAGAGAGCGAAAAAGUAGACAACCUUUGCCCGAUGGAUUUGGAAUGAUGGCGGCUGUCACAAAGCCCCCAAUGACGUCCCUAGACGAGAAUGUAAAUCGUGUUUCGCCACGACAAAAUCGGACGUUCAAAAAUGUCGAGAGCCUCGGACAACGCGAGAGAAUAGAAACUUUCUCGAUGGACGACGUGCCAGUCACCAAAAACACCGAAAUACCGGGUCACCCGGUUCAAGUCGUCCUCGCACACCCGGAUCAUAGUUUCGAACUCGACGAGGAAGCCCUCGCCGAAAUUCUCCUUCAAGACGACAUCAAGGAUCGCAGUGUCGUCGUCGUUUCCGUUGCUGGAGCAUUCAGAAAAGGAAAAAGUUUUCUACUCGACUUUUUCCUUCGAUAUAUGAACAGCACGUACGUCGAAAAGCGCAAUGACGACAAUUGGUUAGGAACCGAUCAAGAGCCAUUGAGUGGAUUUUCGUGGCGAGGGGGUUCGGAGCGUGACACAACCGGAAUCCUCAUGUGGUCAAAAGUUUUCCCGGGAACGUUGUUGAACGGUGAAAAAGUGGCGAUAAUACUGAUGGACACGCAGGGUGCGUUUGACAGUCAAUCGACCGUCCGUGACUGUGCUACGGUAUUUGCCUUGAGUACGAUGCUGUCCUCGGUACAAAUAUACAAUUUAUCCCAAAAUAUACAAGAGGACGAUCUGCAACAUUUACAAUUAUUCACGGAAUACGGACGUUUGGCGUUGGAAAAAUCGGGCAGUACGCCUUUCCAAAGAUUACAAUUUUUGGUACGAGACUGGAGUUAUCCGUACGAGGCGGAUUACGGUUCAAACGGUGGACGAAAAAUUCUUCAACGUCGCCUCGAAGUUUCGGAUAAACAGCACCCGGAACUACAAAGUUUGCGGAAACACAUCAAAUCCUGUUUCUCUGAAAUUUCCUGUUUCUUGAUGCCACAUCCGGGCUUGAAAAUCGCUACCAAUCCCAAAUUCGAUGGCAGACUCUCUGAAAUCGAGGAUGAGUUUAAGCAGCAAUUAAGAAUACUUAUUCCCACGCUAUUGGCACCUGACAAUCUUGUGACUAAAAAAAUCAAUGGACAGGUCGUCAAAGCUAGAGAAUUGCUCGAAUAUUUCAAGAGCUAUAUCAGAAUAUACAAAGGUGACGAAUUACCCGAGCCCAAAAGCAUGCUUGUGGCAACGGCGGAAGCGAAUAAUUUAUCAGCAGUGGCGGAAGCGAAAGAUCUUUAUCAUCAAAUGAUGGAAUGCGUUUGCGGUGGUGCAAAACCUUAUUUGGCGACGUCUCAUCUCGAAUCGGAACAUCAAAGAUGCGUUGACAAAGCGCUACAUCAAUUUUCAAACAAACGAAAAAUGGGUGGUGAUGAAUUCAGUCAAAUGUACAUGGAAAAGUUGGUCAAGGACAUAGAUGAAACUUUUUUGCAAUUCAAAGCGCAUAACGAGAGCAAAAAUUUGUUCAAGGCUGCGCGAACUCCGGCAGUGUUUUUCGCUAUAGCUUUUACAAUGUACGUUUGCUCAGGAGUUUUCGGCCUAAUAGGACUAUACAAACUCGCGAAUACGUGCAAUUUCGUCAUGGGAAUUGGAUUGAUAACCCUCGUUCUUUGGGCUUACAUAAGGUACAGCGGAGAAAUGAGAGAAAUUGGUUCGAAGAUCGACGAACUGGCAAAUACGAUUUGGCAAAACUUUAUGAAACCGCUGUAUCAGUCAUUCGUGGAAAAAUCGAUGUCGGCUGCAGUGGCACAGGCUGCUGAAAUGGCGAGUAACUCGACGUUAAUGGCGACAACAACGGCGAAUGGCAAACCAAAAUUAUCGUAAUGUUCUGCAAAACCUUUUUGUUUCAUUUUUUUUCGCUACCUCCGUCUGUGUGUUACCCUGUCCACCGUCGUAAUAUAUUUGUAACGAAAAAUUGUGUCCCCAAAUUUGUACAAUUCAGAUGAAAAACGAAGAAAAAAAAAAGCAAACAAAAAAACACGAAAAAUAACGUGAGAAAGAAAAACCAAAAUUUGUAGCAUGAAAAUGAAGACUUUAUCCGUUUUUCUUUUUUCUUUUCAUCGAUAAUAAUCGGCUUUAAUAUGCUCAACAUGUGAGUGACUCGUCAAACGUUGUCUUGUCUGUUCGUUCUUUGGCGAAAGAGAGUAUACAAAAAGAAUCAAACUUUUUUCAGAAUAAAAGCAAAACUUUUCAUUGCUUUUUCGAAAAAGAGAAAAAGAAAAAAUCAACCUCGUUAUAUCACGAUUGCUCGAGAAGCUUGCAAGUGUACGUGUACAGUAUUUCCUGAUUAUGAAUCAGUGUUAGAUUGUUGAAAGAUACGAAACGGAUUUAAAAAUCUCAUAUUAGCAUCACGAUUAUUACUGUCUUAAUAAUGCAUAUUACAUUGUUAUAGAAAUAAAGUCUUGUAGUAAAUAGUUUAUAACUAACAUUGUCAUCUUGAAACAUUGAAGUUACUCAAGAUUAGCAACUUUUUCUUGUUUACAAUUUUCAAAAUUUUUAGGGCGGUUGGUAAAGCGGAGCGGAGGGAAGAGGGAAUUAAAUACCGUUUUUUUGCUCGUUAAAAUGUUAUUGAAUUUUUUUCGACAUUUUAAGCGCAUGUUAAGUUGUUAUUGACGAGCAAAAUUUCUAAUACGUAUCGCAACGAAAAACAAAAUGCCAUAUUGUUAUCGUAUAAAUAUCGUUUUUCUUGCCAAUAUUCCUGUCGUUUUAACUUAUGUUUACACUUUUUUUUCCGUUCAUUUUUCAUCUAUUCCUGAUUCUUGGUAAAUCGGAAUUAUUACAGAACAUCUUCGCUGUAAGUUUUUGUUUCCUUUUUUUAACUGUUCUGUCUUUUUUUUUUAAUUAUUAUUGAUUUUAACUUUUUUUUCAAUUCUACAUCGCUCAGUAAUUAUUAAGUGUUAUUACCUGUUCAUUGCAGAUCUUUAUUAUCAGGAAGGGGGGGAAAGAAUUUAACUUUCCGAAUUUUCGUUUCCUCGACUCUGCGGUGCCAUUCUCACAGAUCCCCAGUUCAUUAUCGCGUUUUCAGCAUAUACUCGAAGCUUGAAAUUUUUUUUUUAUUCCAAAUUUGAAAACUUGAGAAAUAUUCCCGUUCUUUCAAACUGUAUCUUUUACUUGUGUUUUGUCAAUUUUUUUUUUCGUCAAAUUUUGGUGCAACAACAUUUUAAACCACGGGGAUACAUGUGAAAAACAUUUUUAAAGAUUAGCAGGUCGUAAAAGACGCAUGAAAAAGAAUUUUUAAUUUUGCAAGGCGUAACGCAGCAGCUAUUUUAAUUACUUAUUUUCUUCGCAAGAAAAAACAAAGUAAAUCGCAUAAAGUGCUGAAUUACUUGAGAAUAAAGAAUAAUUAUAAAAUUGACUUAUAACCUUGCGAAGCUUUUGAAGACUAAUGUCAUAAUUCGAAAAACUCCAAAGUUGUUAUGUUUUUCUUUCUCGAAAUGAUUGUCUCGUUGUGUAAAAUUUUUGAAGAGGAACAUUUUCCGAGCGAAAGAUACUUAGGGGCUGUUUCCCCCAAUCCUAACACAUACAGACACAUCUCAUACACGUACACACUUUUUACGCUGGAUAAAAGAAAAACUUUUCUAAUUCGUAACGCUGUUAUAUCUGAUCUGUGAAAUUCAAUCGUAUAGGAGUAAAAGAAUAAAUUAACAACGCGGUGUGUAAAUUUUUUAGUUAGAUAAUUUAGCGAUAACUUAACUUAUUUACUACAUAUAUAUAGAUAUAUAGAUAUAUUCGUUCACCCUCGAGUACAUCCGCAGCUCACGUUUUUAUUUCUAUAUUAUAAAUAUAAAUAUAUAUUAUAUUAAAAUCGAAACAGUAAACGACUGUACGGUAAAAAAACAACCCAAAUUGCUAUAAUUGUGGUGUAAAAGGAUAAAAGAAAAACACAUGGGUAGAAAUAAAGACAUAUUUUUGUAUUUAUAACACAAA